AUGGAGCGCCGUCUCACCUCCAGGAACGUGUCUCUGGACUGGAUCGAGGAUGCUGAUGCAAACGCAAACAACAAAAUCUCGUCACAUUCAAUCCAAAACACAUAUGAGCGGCUGAAGCUCAAAUACGAGGCAGAUUUACGCCAAAACUGGGCCGAGCAACUUGAGUCUCCCAAUCAAAUCCUCGAGCAGCUGUCUUUAACGGCAUGUCUGAUCGAACUAUGGAAAGACAUGUAUGGCACCGUGCCAGAUGAAAAAUCUCAAUCCCCAGCACCUUUUCCGGGAUUCGUGGAUAUCGCCUGUGGAAAUGGCAUCUUAGUCUACGUGCUAAAAAUGGAAGGAUACAAAGGCUCAGGCUACGACGCAUGUCGUCGCAAAUCCUGGGAAACAUUCCCGCCAGAAGUUCAAUCAUGUCUACAUGAGCAAGCCAUCAUCCCAGAGCCUUUUCUGGAAACACUUGUUAUCGAAAACAUUGGCAUUGAGACACAUCCAGGCGUUUUCCAACCAGGCACUUUCAUCAUAUCUGAUCAUGCGGAUGAACUGACUGUCUGGACACCCAUUCUGGCUGCCUUGGCUAGUCCUUCGUCGCCGCUGCCCUUUUUCGUUAUCCCAUGCUGCUCUCGCUCGCUGGCGGGCUCCCAAUUUCGAUAUCCCUCGCCCAAUGGCAGUACAGUGGAUAGUGAUCAUCAUGUGCAGAAGCCACAGCCUUGCUCGGGUGAUCUAAGAGCCCUCCGCGCUGCCAAGAUGAGGGAAAAAACAGAGAGCGGAUUUCUAGAUUCUAUGAUUGGGUCUCUCGCUGCGAAGACGGCAUGCGUUGCUGGGGAAUUGGGCUGUAGAGUGGAAAAAGCGUGGCUUCGCACACCAGGUGCAAUCAACAUGGCUUUGGUCGGGUGUCGAAUAGAAGCCAUUGGAAACUGUUAUCCAGCUCCAGACCCUGCAGCUAGUGAGAACCUCAUCGCUGCACGCCUGAAGAUCAGGGAGGUGGUUGAACGUGAGUGUUUGGAAGACGGGGGUGUCCAGGCAGCUGCCCAACUCUGGCUUGAGCGGAUCAAGACUCUACGCCAUGCCAACAGAGCCCAACAUCAACCCAAUUGA